CCAUCUUCUACUCACAUAGCUUCCAUUUUUUUUCUCUUCUCCAACAUCAUCAAUGGAGGAUGAAGAAGAAACACAGCAAAUACUCAAAGUUCUCGAAGCACUAAAACAAGCUUCACAACAACUACAAGCGAAUCCAGAAUCCGAUACAUCCGAAUCCGACUCAUCAUCUUCAUCAUCCGCCAUUAAAGCUUUGCUGGAGCUCGACACUUACUCCGACCCAAACCUCUUAAAUCUAUCUAACCAUCUCUCCGAUCUCAAAACCCUAAUCUCUUCGUUACAUAAAUCGAAACACAAACAUGGUAGAAUCAAAUCAUUCCUCACUCGUAGAGUCAAAACUCAUGAAAUCACAAAAGUUGCAGAAUCAAUCGAAUCAGAAAUCCAAGCUUGGAUUGAUCGAGAAUCGAUUACAAAUCUCACUAAUCAGCUUCAACAAAUCCGUUUACAAUCAAAUUCAUCGCAAUACGAAGAAGAUGAAGAUGAAAUCGUUGAGAAAUUAACUAUUUUCCAUGAUCGAUUGAGUCAGGGUUUCAAUAUAAACCUUCAGGAAUUGUUAUUGAAAUCAAAAAUUUUCUCCGAGCUCGAAUUUCUCAUCUGCUGCGACUGUAAUGUACCUGAGAAAAUUCGUGAAAAAGCUGGAUACGCUUUGAAAGAAGUUGUACUAUUCAACAAAGACGUAUUCGUUGGGCAAAUUCUAAUGGGUCAAACAAUAAAAGCUUUGAUUUCAAUGGAUUCUCUGUGUUCAUUGGAAGUUUUAUCUUCGCUUAUAAAAGCAAUUCGAAGUCCUUUCGUCGAUGUACUCGAAUCCGUUGGUGGAAUUUCAAAGGCGAUUUCGUAUUUAAACUCAGAUGAUUUGCCAUUCAAGGUAACUGCUAUGGAUUUUGUACUUGAAAUUGGGUAUUUUGGGAGAAAAGAAGCUGUAGAAGCAAUGUUGAACUGCGAUUUGAUUAAAAAAUUGGUGGAGUUACAGAGGUCUGAUUUGGGUGGUGAUUUGAUUGAUUUGGGAAAAGUUCAUGAAGAAGAAAUCGACGAAGAUGAACACGAAGAGAAAACGAAGAAGAAAAGGGGAAACAAAGAGAAGAGAUUUUUGGAGAAACAUCCAUUUGCGAGCUGUGUAGCAAGAUUUACAGUGCAAUUGGAAGUAGGAGAAGGAUUAAGACAGAGAGAAAAAAGGGGAUUUAAACAGGAGAUAUUGAAGAAGAUUAGAGAAGCUUGUGAUACUGAUGCUGAAGCUGCCACCAUUGUUGCUGAGGUUUUAUGGGGUUCUUCACCUUGAAACUCUCCGGUUUCGACCGACAAGUAAGCACGCGAGUCACGUACGUUUAAACACUAUAACUCGUCUUCUUCUCUAUUCAGUUGAACACUAUAACUUAUAACAUGAUUAUCUGAAUACCAUCAUAAACACGUUAGUAUCGAGGAUGAACGAGACAUAAUCGGAAUGAAUUGGAGUAUUUAGUUAUCGUUUAAAAUCAAGUUGACGUGCUUGUAAAUGUAUAUUCUCAAAAUUGAAGUGUUUUGUUGGCUUAAAAGCCGAAUUUCAAAAAUUAUUAUGUUUAAGUAUGAUUUUUUUUUUUGAAAAAAAACUAUUGGUGUAAUUUUUGUGGAUUUGUUUUAUGUUUAAUUGUUGAUGUAUGUACUUCUUGUUGUAAAGGGUCAGAUGAAAUAAAUUCUAUAGAUUUUUCCUUUUAAAAAA